CAGUUGGGUCUUUGUAUGGGAAAAAGGUUACCAAGAAACCGACUCCGUGGUGAGCUCGGUAACCACCAAGAUGAAAGGUGUCACAAUGACCAACACCUCCAGCUUAGGACCCCAGAUUUGGGAUGUGGCCGAUUAUAUGAUUCCAUCUCAGGCUGAGAACUCGGUUUUCAUCAUGACAAAUAUGAUCAUCACGCUGAAUCAGACCCAAGGGCUUUGUCCAGAGUUCCCAGAUAAGACCACCACGUGCAAGUCAGAUGCAGACUGCAAAAAAGGCUAUGUCGGCACCCACAGCAACGGUGUUCAGACCGGAAAAUGCAGAGUGUACAACCUUACAGAUCCCUCCGUUAAAACUUGUGAGGUCUUUGCUUGGUGUCCGGUGGAGAAUGAUAGGAACUUACCCAAGCCAGCUUUCUUGCGGGAUGCUGAGAACUUUACCCUCCUUGUGAAGAACAGUAUCUGGUACCCAAAGUUCAACUUUACAAAGAGAAACAUUCUUCCCAUCAUCAAUCAAACCUACCUCAAGGACUGUAAAUACAACAUCAAAACUGAUCCCUUUUGCCCGAUUUUUCGCCUCGGGGACAUAGUUGAAGCUGCUGGUCAGAACUUCCAAGAGAUGGCCAUUGAGGGUGGUGUGAUGGGCCUGCAGAUCCGAUGGGACUGCAACUUAGACAGGUCGGCUUCUCGCUGUGUGCCGAAGUAUUCCUUUCGACGAAUUGACCAGAAGGAUUCUGCUCAUUCCAUUUCCCCAGGAUACAACUUUAGGUUUGCAAAAUACUACCGGAUCCCUCCCAGUAUUGAGUAUCGGACACUCAUCAAGGCUUAUGGCAUACGCUUUGACAUUAUGGUAUUUGGCGAGGCUGGGAAGUUUGAUAUCAUCCCUACUAUGAUCAACAUUGGAUCUGGCUUCGCCCUAUUUGGCGUGACCACCAUCCUCUGUGAUAUCAUUAUCCUGUAUUUUAUGGAGAAAAGAUACUACUACAGAGAGAAGAAAUACAAAUUCGUGGGAAAUUACGAACUGCAGGGAGACCAUCCGUCGUAUGCAUCCCAGACAGAUGUUCAAGACGACUCCACAACGCGGUGAUUCUUCUUCAAACAGAUCCUGCUCAUUUCACCCAGCCGAGGGAGGUCUUUCAUCGGCAAGUUGGACCUGGAUUUUCUCCUUGGGAAAGAGCGGAUCUGUGAUUUUCCCCCGUCCCUCCUGGGCUCUGUCCAGCUUUGCUUCCGUUGGUGGCCUCCUGGAUCAACCUCGAGAUUCGCCCGAGGAAAGCAACGUCCUCCUGAAAAACCUUCAACGCUUUUUUGGGCGCAGGGCCUGCCAAGCUUCGAGUAGUCCGAGAUAAUUUUGCAUCGGAUCUUCUAUGUGCCUUUCCCACCGUCCAGUUCAUGCACAGAUGGGGUGCAGGGCGAGGUGUUGGGACCAAGACAACUUCUUUAAUAUUUCUAGAAUUGCCCGUUUCUGAUGGGCUCCCCUUUGUUACGUAUCGCGCCCCUCUUCAUUUGGAAAAGGUGGAAAGGUAUCACUUGUUUAGACACUUGUCUUCCAUGGUCACCCUUUUAAAAAGAGCCACUUGGUGCAAUUUGCAGUCUCUAUUUUUGAAAUGAAGCAGAUCUUGAGAAUUCCCGCCCGACUGUAAUCCCAACCUGAAGAUCCCCAGGAUAUUAAAUAAAUGCGACCUGUUGACGGGUCAACCUCUCCCUCUCCAGCUUCUACUACUAUGUUCCUACUGCCCUGUUUAUAGCGACGCAAAUUUAAUAUAUAACUGAAAAGAGAAUGGUACUUUCCCUCUUUUAGGAGACAGGGGUAAGGCAGUUUCGAUGAGAAGGAUCUAUUUUGCCGGAGAAAAUAAAGGCAUUGGGAAAUAUGA